UGAGGCGAGCGAACACAACGGUUACUCGUCGGUCGGUCGGUUUCGCGGUAGGCCGCAAAACCAGCCUCCUCUUCGCAAAAGAUAUUCGUCGAUUAAGCAGUAAUUUUCAUUCAAUUUAGAACGAUACGAGACGGUGUGCGCGUGAUAAGCAAUGGUUCGUUCCGCAAUUGACGCACAUUGCGUUUUGCUCUGGCGUGUAGAGCGUGUAGUUGUGUGAUGCUGUGUGCAAUAACCAAACGAGCGACGAAAGUUUGCAGCCUCACUCUGCAAGUGAAAAUGCGCGACGGAAAACAGCAGCCAGCCAGUUUUACAUAAACUACACCUAUCUUGAGGGGUGGGGGAGGGGUCACACACCCUGCUGUGCGUAUGGUGGCGCCCGUGACGUCGAUAUUACUUGAUGAAUUUUCAUCCCCCGAAGCAGUGAAAACAAAUCUUCCCUGUGUUGGGCAGUACAGCAAAGCCAUGAAAAUGUAAUGAAGUGUCCGCGCGGGUGCAAAAUGAAAAUCCGCGCCCAUCAACAACAGAACCGUGGCUGUGGGGCGUCGUUAAUUCGGUGUUAAUUUUUCCCUGGCCACACCAAUCGGUUGGCGGUGGUGUGUGAUGAUGAUGGAGAUGGUCAAAUCAGUUGCGUUUUUGACAGCAGUUUCGUACUUUUCACUCCGAGCACGUCCUAACGGAUCGCAGCAAUCAUCGCGAAAAAUACACAACAAGUCUGAUGGCGACGAUAGAUUCUUGGUGUUGUACCGUAAUGGAGGUGUUCUAAAAAUAUACAAAACAUUAAUCUGCUUCAUUUUUUUGUAUGUGCUUCAAGUGUAAGUGUGUGUGUGAAAGCGUGUGUGUGUAUGUGCAUCGGUACCGACCUAAGAGAGCCUUGAGGGUUUGGGGGUGAAGUGAAGAAUCGAUCUUGCACGCAACUGACCCUGGCGUGGUGUGCGGUUUAGGGCUCGUAAGGGCAAACGAUCGGUACAGAGUGGAUAGCUUAAACAAAACGCACGCAAAAAAAAAUACAUCACACCCCCAACUGAUAAUUAGUGAUGGUCAACCGUGCUUGAAGGGCAUUUCUACCGGCAGGGUGUGUGUGUAAAGAAGCGAUACAAAAAAAAAAGCACGCCACUAACAGCGAUCAAACGCACUGAGAAAAUUACCUCAAAACAUCUCAUAAAACAUGUCGAUAUCGAACGGGAAAACUUCUUCCGACAUCGAGAAUGUGGACUGGAACUCGUCCGGGAUGCUAACGCACACCAGAUACGGUUCCACCAGCAGUCAGGUGUCGCAGAGCAGUGGCGACAUUUGCCGCAUCUGUCACUGUGAGUCGGACACCCUCAACCCGCUGCUGACGCCCUGCUAUUGCUCCGGAAGUCUAAAGUUCGUGCACCAGACCUGUCUGCAGCAAUGGCUGACGGCGUCGGAAACGAAUGCCUGCGAACUGUGCAAGUUCCCGUUCAUCAUGCACACGAAAAUCAAACCAUUCAACGAGUGGCGCAGUUUGGAUAUGUCCGGCGUGGAGCGUCGCAGGCUGUGCUGCGCGGUGCUAUUUCACUGUGCGGCCGGUUUAUGCGUCAUCUGGUCGCUGUGCGUGCUGAUCGAACGGGCCGCCGAAGAGGUACGGCGUGGGCAAAUUGGAUGGCCUUUCUGGACGAAGCUGAUCGUGGUAACGGUUGGACUAACCGGUGGUGUCGUGUUUAUGUACAUCCAGUGCAAGCAGUAUUUGAAUCUGUGCAAUCGUUGGCGCGCCAGAAAUCGCAUACUGCUCAUACAGAAUGUUCCGGAAAAGAUUCACCCGCCACAAUCGCCCCAGAUGCCCCAGUUCCGGCGUGUGCGUACGGCAGCUACUUCUGGUCAACCGCUUGGCGGCACGAUGGGCAUUAAUGCGGUCAAUAAUGCGGUGACGGCAGCAUCGGUGGCUGCCGCAGCUGCCGCAGCCGCCCGCCAAUCGUCGUUCGAUCAUCCGCUGGGUGCGGCCACGGUAAAUGUUAGUAUUGGCGGACCGUCGGCCGGUGCCGGCGGUGGCAACCAUUGCGAGCUGCAGCUCAACCAGCAGGGACAGAUCAUAGCGGCAAACAUUGAGAGUAACUCGAUCGGCGGGUACGAUCGUGACUGGACGCUGGACGACAUUAGCCAGGUGUCGUUCAAACCGUGUCUGCAGGGAAGCGGCAGCUUAACGCCGAUGCCGUUCCACGACUCGGUGCACAACAUUUGCGAAACGUCGACGGGCAGCGGUAGCGGUAUUAUGGUGAUGAGUGCCACCUCAACAACGGCUGCCGGUGGUACGGCUUCCAUCAACAAUAAUGGCAGCAGUAGCCAUCGCUAUUCAACCGUGUCCACCUCAUCGAAUCCAUGUGGGGAACAGCUUGCGAACAAUGGUGGUGCCAGUGUCGGUGGUGGAUCAGCCGGUGGCAAAUCCGGUACCGGUGGUCCCGAACUAAGUUUGCUCAGUAAGCUCAACAACGGAGUUACAGAGCGAAGCAGAAGCAAUUCUCCAAAUGUUGCACCGUCGGCGGUUACGACCACGACCACACCGGCCGUCCCGACCCCGGGUACGAUGGGACGCUACGUGAAUUCUGCCAUAUUCCUCGAAAACCGUGAUAUUUUAAACGAUCCCUCGCUGGGACCGAGCGGACAGGACGACAUGACGGCGAGCAAACUGUACCAUCGCCACUCGACGGUUCUGGCCGGACCACCGACGGUGUCCAGCUUUGGCAGGGAAGAACCACUGCCGGCAAGCUCGUGUGGUCAGCACGAACCGAACAAAUCAUUCCGUCGCUAUUCGGACACGAAGCUACUGCAGAAGCAAUCGCUAAGCUUCCCGCAGGAACCGCUCGCACUGUGCGAGAUCGGUACGCACACCAAAGAUCAGUUAUUGCUCAAUCCCAAAAGCAUCAUCUACGACAUGACGAGUCUGUUGGGUCCGGCGGUCGAUCUGAACGAUCAUCAUCCGACUAACGGUGCCGAUCGGUCCAUUCUUGCUGGCGGCGACACGACGAACAAUCGUCUUCACCACAGCCAUCAUCAUCAUCAUCACCAUCAUCAUCCGCAUCAUCAUCAUCGGCAUCAUCAUGGUGCGUACCAUCAUCCCCAUCCACUGGCAUCGCCCGAUGGUCGAUCGGGAGAAGAUUCCAUCCAGCAGAACGCUCUCCAGACGACUGACAUCCAGUUCGAAAGUGGCGGCCCGCUAGACGAUGAUGCGCUGGAGAUGAACAUACAGGAGAUACUCGAGUACGAUCAGCAACAGCAGCAGCAGCAUUAUUUCGCACAGGACAAACAUCCGCGCACGAACGUUGAGCAGCGGUUGUCGCUCGAGAACAUCCUGCAGUCGUCGUAUCACGAUGAUCCGGGCGCGGUGCCCGUACGUCCGUACUACGACCACCAUGGCCAUUCGAUGCUGUCGCUUAGUCUCGCCAGCAAAACGCCUCCUCCUCAUCCUCCUUCCACCCUCCUCACGGGAAGUAGCCAUGUGCAGCCGGCACUCUCAACCGACUAUCCGUACCCUCGCUCAACGAUGGCCGGUACCGUCGUUGUGGCGGAUAGUGAUCAGCAUCAUCGUCCCUAUCAGCAGCAGCAGCAGCAGCAGCUGCAACAGCAACCAAUGCAUCCGCAGCUGCAACAGCAACGUUCGCACUGCUGUGGCGAAACACCGGACGCGAAUCGAUUCGCCAGCGACAGCAACAAGCUGAAGCUGUUCAAAUCCUUGCCCAAUCUGAGCGCGAGCAGUGAAAACUUGCUACCGUAAGAUGGUUUGAGGGAGGGUUUGUGCGAAAAAGAAAAAUCGUGAACAUUCGGGAGAAACCAAUUAUUUAGCAUGAGGCUGACCACAUGACGCUACACUAGCGCGGUGUAGUGUGUAGUGUAAAGAGAUAAAACAAACGUAAUAUAUUUGUGAUUGUUCGCUAGAGUAAACCAAGCGCUGUAGAUGAUAUUUUAGCAGGGUUUUAAGCAUUAUAAGUGAUGUGUGCGUGUGGGUACUCGGAUUUUUAGACGGAAGAAGAGGAAGGACAGGCAGGACACGCAGAGAUAGAGCACGUGGAAGAGAUGUUUGAACGAACGGUAACGAAAUUGUGUGUGAAUUAGUGAUAGGGAAAAGCGGCGCCAAUUUCUCACUUUCCCGUUUCUUCUUAUAACCUCUAUCUAUAGUAGCCACGUUUUAACGAUGAACUUGCAAGCCAAUCUUAACUCUAAUACAGAACAACAACUCUCCUAUAUUUCAACAAACUUCCCGCGAUGCCGGAUGGUCGAUCAUUCAAACGAUGGCUUCCACGAUCGGUAUUCUGUUGUAGAUAAACUCAAACUAGCGUUAAAAGCAACAAAUCAAGUCAAAACUCAAUUUCAAUAAACAGCAGAGAAAGUAAAAUUCUUGUGCCAGGGGCCGGUUUAGCAGAAAGAGGGAAGCAGAAAUUGUGAAUCGAAUUUUAGUGAAAUUAAACUAGCCAGUAGUGACGGGUGUUGUCGUAAUGCAGAAACAAAACCCCGGAGGACCACAGCGACAGGAUCGGGAAACACACACACACCGUGAAGCUUUUGUCCAUCCCCAAAACCUAUGUUGUCGUCGGUAGUGAUAAAAGAAAAGGAAGCGAAACAUAGAUUCCUAACCCCAUCGGAGUUUAUUUUUUGUUUGUGUGUGCUUUAACCGAAGCGCGACAUACAGACCGGCAUAUUAUGGUGUAUAUUUGAUUCUAGUGAUAACAGACUAAUUACUAACGAGAAUAUGUUACUGUUUCAUUUUUACUAUUUAAAGUGUCCAAUACAAUUCGAAAUUGCA